AUGGAGACGCCCACGAGGAAGACCCCCGGGAUCCGCGCGCGCGAGCUCUACGAGUCGGGCACCAUCGACGGGGCCCAGUACGAGGCCAUCGUCUCCGCGGACCGGCGGUUCCAGAAGGAGGAGGCGCGCUGGCAGGCCGAGGUCGAGGCCCACUACGGCGCGGCGCCGCCGGCGGCGGACUGGACGCUCUGCGGCGGCGGCACGGUCGACGCGGCCUACCCGCCGGGCCCGCCGCCGCUGAUGGUGCCCGUCGCCGUCCAGGAGAACGCCUACGUCUCCGGCAAGGGCUGGAAGCACGGCUGCGAGGCUUUCCGGCGCGAGGCCAACGACGCGCCGCACCCCGACGUCGUCGCCGUGCCCGUGGCGUCGCUCGGCGGGUCCGACGCCGCGGUCCGCGACGCCGCGGCGGCCGCGGACCGCGAGGCGCGGCACGACGCGCGGCUCGCGGGGCUCUGGCGCGCGGAGCUCGAGAGCGGCUGCGACCUCGCCACGAGCCGGCUCUGCCGGGUCCACGAGCGGCCCCGCGCGGGCGUGCCCGCGGCCGCGCGCGCGGCCGCGUGGCGCGAGCUCUUCCUCAAGGACCGGCUCCACAUCACGCGGGAUCUCUACGGCAUCCUCAAGGACAAGGCGCGCGCCGCCAUGCGCCGCGCCGAGCGCGAGGCGCCGGACGACGACGGCGACGAGGGCGCGCGCGAGUCCGUCGCGUUCCACGGGCGCGAGAAGUCGCUCGAGCUCCUCGCGCUCGACGUGCCGCGGACGCUCGCGCGCUUCGGGAACCAGAACGCCGGGUCGCCGGGCGAGCUCGGCGACGCGCUCACGGAGGUGCUCCGGGCCUACGUGCUCCACCGGCCCGACGUCGGCUACGUCCAGGGCAUGUCGUAUCUCGCUGCGGUCCUCGUCCUCGCGCUGAAGGGCGACCCCUUCGACGCCUUCGUCGCCCUGGCGAACAUGCUCCAGCGGCCCUUCUUCUUCGACUUCUACCGGCUGGACUCGCGCGACGUCAAAGCGCGAGUCGGCGUCUUCGACGACGUCUUCGACGCGGCGCGGCCCGCGCUGCGGCGCCGCUUCGCGGGCCUCGGCCUCGACUCGGGCGUCUUCCUCCUGGACUGGGCCCUGACGCUCUUCGCGAGCGUCCUCGAGGGCGGCGUGCUGCACCACGUCUGGGAGUGCUUCCUCAUCGGCGGGCCGCCGUUCUUCGUCCGCUGCGCGCUGGCCAUCCUCGCGGUCCUCGAGCCCGAGCUCCUCGCCGCCCCGGAGAUCCCCGACGUGCUCGACGUUGCGCCGGAGAAGUUCACGGAAAGUGCUCGGGUCUUUGGGCGACGCCAGCGAAUCAAGAAGCGCACUACUAUUGCGCGACCUGCCUCGCGGACGGCGCUUACACUGGAACGAAUCCGAUUACGCCCACGCCUGGAGUCCGCGGGCGCGAUCCCGUACUGGGUUCCGCGAGCGCGAAACGCUACUACUUGGGUGACAACCCGGAAUAUGAGUACGAAGCGUUCGACGCCCAAGGCGGUCCACUGGGAGGAGCUCACGGAGGUCGGCGCGGCGCUGUCGCCGCGGACGCGCCGGCCUACGGACCGCUUUUAUCAGCGAGAGGCGCCGCGGCCCAAGGUGCGCCGCCUCGAGCGCGCGGACACGGAGCCUUUGGAAGAGGUCCGCGGCCUCGCGGCGCGCGCCGACGAGGGCCGCGCGUCUCCCCACGAGGGCGACGACCUCGAGGGCGACGAUCUCGCGCCGCCGCCCGAGGGCGCGGACCUGCCGCCGGCGGACGAGGGCGAGGACUCCGCGGCCGAGGAAUUCGACCGCAAGUCGGCGCCGCGAUUCUCCCCCGCGGCGGCCGCGCGGCUCCAGGAAGCCCUCGAAGUCGCACAGGCGGAGUCGAGCCUCGCCGCGCCGCCGGGGCGGUGGUUCGAGCCCGGCCAGGAGGCGCGGAAAAUCCUGCUCGGGACGCGCGUCCGCGGGAUCGAGUACGAGGGCGCGCACCUCAACGUCGACGCGCUCUCGCGGGCGCGCGUGCUGGUGCUGGAAGAAGAAGCGGCCAUCUCGAGCACGGUCGACGACCCAUUGCGUUUGAAUGACGCGCGGCUUCAACCCGGCAUCCUCUGUGAAAAACGUCGCCAUCGUCGUCGAGUGCACGGGCGCGGUCGACUUCUUCCUGCUGGCGCUGUCCGUGUCGGGAUCCGUCUCGUCGGCGACGCGCUGCAAGGGCGCGAGUCUGCAGACCGCCGACUUUCGGGCGGCAAAGCUCAUCGCUAA